AUGGCACCUCUCGUGAUCGACAUUGUCACGCCCAACGGGCAUAAGUAUCAGCAGCCGACGGGGCUCUUCAUCAACAAUGAGUUCGUGCCCUCCAGCGGACAGACCAUCACUUCGAUCGAUCCAGCUACCGAUAAACCAAUCGCGACUGUCCAUGCCGCCAGCGCCGAUGAUAUUGACCGGGCAGUGCGCGCUGCAAAGGCAGCCUUGGUCCAUCCGUCGUGGAAGCAAUUGCCGCCCACCGAUCGCGGCCAGAUGAUGGCUAGGCUGGCCAAUCUCAUUGAAGAAAACAAAGAGUUAUUUGCAUCUAUCGACGCUUGGGACAACGGAAAACCCUACCACGUGGCACUGGAGGAAGACCUUCCGGAAGCAAUUGGCACUAUACGGUACUACAGCGGCUGGGCCGACAAGACUUUCGGCCAAACCAUCAGCACCAUGCCCCAGAAGUUUGCCUAUACUAUUCGCCAGCCAGUGGGCGUGGUUGGACAGAUUAUCCCCUGGAACUAUCCGCUAUCUAUGGCGGCUUGGAAGCUGGGACCCGCGCUUGCAUGCGGAAACACCAUUGUGUUAAAGCCUGCUGAACAGACGCCGCUGAGUAAUCUUGUUCUUGGGAACCUUAUCAAGCAGGCAGGGUUCCCUCCGGGCGUCAUCAACAUCACCAACGGGUAUGGGCGCGAGGCUGGCGCCGCACUCGUAUCCCACCCUCUCGUGGAUAAGGUCGCCUUUACGGGAUCCACGGCAACCGCCCGCGAGAUUAUGAAGAUGGCUGCCAGUACUCUGAAGAAUAUCACGCUCGAGACGGGUGGCAAGUCGCCGCUCAUUGUCUACCCGGAUGCCGAUCUGGAUCAGGCAGUCAAGUGGGCACACUUCGGGAUUAUGUCGAACCAAGGACAGAUCUGUACCGCUACGUCGCGCAUUUUUGUCCACCAAGAUAUCCUCGUUCCGUUCCUCGCUCGCUUCAAGCAGACGAUUAAAUCAACUUCCAAGAUCGGCAGCCAGUGGGAUGCGUCGACAUUCCAGGGCCCGCAGGUCACCCGCGCUCAGUAUGAGCGUAUUCUUUCCUACUUUGAGAUCGCGAAGAAUGAAGGCGCCACUGUCUUCAUGGGAGGUGCACCACACGUGCCCACUGACAGCAAAUACAAGGACGGCUACUUUGUUCAACCGACUGUGUUUACUGAUGUCAAGGAUUCAAUGCGCAUUGUUCAAGAGGAGGUCUUUGGGCCGGUUGCUGUCGUUCUUCCUUUCUCCAGCGAAGAGGAGUCAAUUCGCCGCGCUAACGACACUACGUAUGGUCUGGGUGCUGCUGUCUUCACCCGGGAUAUAGAACGGGCACACCGUGUAGCUGCGGAGAUUGAAUCAGGAAUGGUGUGGAUCAAUAGCAGUCAGGAUUGUGAUCCUCGAGUUCCUUUCGGUGGUGUUAAACAGAGUGGCAUCGGACGAGAGCUGGGAGAGGCUGGUCUGGACGCCUACAGUCAUGUCAAGGCAGUUCAUGUGAACAUGGGAACUAAGUUAUAG